AUGGAUCAAAACAGUGGCAAAUAUUCUUUAUUGGAAGUGCCAAAAGAAAGUUUAUUUAAGAAAUAUGUCAGAAUUUUUCUCGUAGUUGCAACGUAUUGGAUAAUCUCAAUCACAACAGUUUUCAUCAACAAAGAGUUAUUUAAUGGACAGUCAGUGAAGCUGAAUGCGACACUCUUUGUAACAUGGUUUCAGUGUGUUGUUACGGCUGUCAUUUGUGCCACGACAACUUAUUUAAGCCAUAAAUUCCCAUCAAUAAUAAGACUGGAUCUUCCUGAAGCUCGACCAUUUGAGUCUGAAACUAUAAGAAAUGUGAUUCCGCUGUCGAUUUUGUUUACUACGAUGAUUGCUACGAAUAAUCUAUGUCUGAGAUAUGUGUCUGUAGCUUUCUAUUAUGUUGGACGGUCGCUGACGACAAUCUUUAAUGUCAUUUUAACUUAUUUGUUCCUUGGAGAGAAGCAAAGCUUUAAAAGCAUUGCAUGCUGUGCUGUGAUAAUCUCUGGAUUUUAUUUAGGUGUCGAUCAGGAGUCACUGACUGACACUUUUUCAUUGAUUGGAACUAUUUUUGGAAUUAUUGGAUCUCUAGCCUUAUCAAUGUAUUCAAUCUACACAAAGAAGACACUUCCAUUUGUGAACGGAGAAGUGUGGUUGCUAAGUUACUACAAUAAUGUUUAUUCCGUCUUCCUUUUCAUGCCAUUAAUUAUCAUCAGUGGUGAAUUGCAUGAAGUCCUGAACUAUGAAUUUAUUGGCGAGCUUUGGUUUUGGAGCACAAUGAUAAUUGGAGGUAUUUGUGGAUUUUUAAUAGGAUACGUGACAACCUUGCAAAUUAAGGUGACAUCGCCAUUGACUCAUAAUAUUUCUGGAACAGCGAAAGCUUGUGCACAGACGGUUCUAGCCACGAGUUGGUUUAAUGAAGUCAAGUCAUUUUUGUGGUGGGUUUCGAAUCUGAUUGUGCUUUUGGGAAGCUUUGCCUAUGCUCGAGUAAAGCAAGUGGAGAUGGCUAGGAGACAUCGAGAAACUCAGAAUGAUCAGAAAGUGUAG